GGGCUGGCUUCGGUUAGUGGCUUUCGCCAUUGAGGCGUGUGUGAGGCUUUGCUCCGAGAGGGCAGGGUUUUUACGACGGCUCCUGGUCUCCGGUCCGUGCACUUGGCCGCGCGUGGGAGGCUAGUGCUGUCCAGCGUAGUCCUCACCUCACUCCGUUCCUGGCGCCGCCGAGAUGAAGUCGUUGUGGGGACUCGGCCUUUUCUGCCUACUCCUCCUGGCCGCCUCAGUCCGGGCUGAUGAGCUUGAUGUGGAUGGUACUGUGGAAGAUGACAUUGGUAAAAGCAGGGAAGGAUCUCGAACAGAUGAUGAAGUUGUUCAGAGGGAAGAGGAAUCUAUUCAAUUGGAUGGCUUAAAUGCAUCUCAGAUAAAGCAGAUUAGAGAGAAGUCAGAAAAAUUUGCAUUUCAGGCUGAAGUAAAUAGAAUGAUGAAGCUUAUUAUCAACUCUCUUUACAAAAAUAAAGAGAUUUUCCUGAGAGAAUUGAUUUCAAAUGCAUCUGAUGCUCUGGAUAAAAUACGACUGAUAUCAUUAACUGAUGAAAAUGCUCUUUCGGGUAAUGAAGAACUCACAAUAAAAAUUAAGUGUGAUAAAGAGAAGAAUAUGCUUCAUGUUACAGACACUGGCAUUGGUAUGACCAAAGAAGAGCUAAUCAAAAACUUGGGGACAAUUGCCAAAUCUGGUACGAGCGAAUUUUUAAACAAAAUAACUGAGAUGAAUGAAGAGAACCAGUCAACUUCCGAGUUGAUUGGUCAAUUUGGUGUUGGGUUCUACUCCGCCUUCCUGGUGGCAGAUAGAGUUAUUGUGACAUCAAAACACAACAAUGACACUCAACACAUCUGGGAAUCUAACUCAAAUGAGUUCUCAGUAAUAGACGAUCCUCGAGGAAACACCUUGGGACGAGGCACUACUAUAACCCUUGUUCUGAAAGAAGAAGCUUCAGAUUAUCUUGAGCUGGAUACAAUUAAAAACUUGGUCAAGAAAUAUUCCCAGUUUAUAAACUUUCCUAUAUAUGUAUGGAGUAGCAAGACUGAAACUGUAGAAGAACCUAUUGAGGAUGAAGAAGUAAAAGACAAGGAAGAUACAGAUGAAGAAGCUGCAGUGGAAGAAGAAGAAGAGAAGAAACCAAAAACUAAAAUGGUUGAGAAGACUGUCUGGGAUUGGGAGCUUAUGAAUGACAUCAAGCCAAUUUGGCAGAGACCAUCUAAAGAAGUAGAAGAAAGUGAAUACAAGGCUUUCUACAAAUCCUUUUCUAAGGAGUCUGAUGAUCCGAUGACUUACAUUCAUUUUACUGCUGAGGGAGAAGUGACAUUCAAAUCCAUCUUGUUUGUUCCCACCACUGCUCCACGUGGUUUAUUUGAUGAAUAUGGAUCUAAAAAGAGUGACUUUAUUAAGUUGUAUGUCCGGAGAGUGUUCAUCACAGAUGAUUUCCAUGACAUGAUGCCCAAAUACCUGAACUUUGUCAAGGGCGUUGUAGAUUCAGAUGAUCUUCCUCUAAAUGUAUCUCGUGAGACUCUUCAGCAGCACAAACUAUUAAAGGUUAUCAGAAAGAAACUUGUCCGCAAAACACUUGAUAUGAUUAAAAAGAUUGCUGAGGAACAGUACAAUGACACAUUCUGGAAGGAAUUUGGCACAAACAUCAAACUUGGAGUAAUUGAGGAUCAUUCAAAUCGUACUCGUCUAGCUAAACUGCUUCGUUUUCAGUCUUCCCACCAUGAAAGCAACCUUACUAGUCUAGACCAAUAUGUUGAAAGAAUGAAGGAGAAACAAGACAAAAUUUAUUUCAUGGCAGGCUCAAGCAGAAAGGAGGCUGAAUCUUCACCAUUUGUAGAACGGCUUCUGAAGAAGGGUUAUGAAGUAAUCUAUUUGACGGAACCUGUGGAUGAAUAUUGCAUCCAGGCUCUCCCAGAGUUUGAUAACAAGAGAUUCCAAAAUGUUGCUAAGGAAGGAGUUAAAUUUGAUGAAAGUGAAAAAUCAAAGGAAGCCCGUGAAGCUUUAGAAAAAGAAUAUGAACCCCUUCUAAAUUGGAUGAAGGAUAAAGCUCUAAAAGAUAUGAUUGAAAAAGCAGUGUUGUCACAGCGGUUAACUCAGUCUCCUUGUGCUCUUGUGGCUAGUCAAUAUGGGUGGUCAGGCAACAUGGAAAGGAUCAUGAAAGCUCAGGCUUACCAGACUGGCAAAGACAUCUCUACAAAUUUCUAUGCAAGCCAAAAGAAGACAUUUGAAAUCAACCCUAGACAUCCUAUCAUAAAAGACAUGCUCAGGCGUGUUCAGGAAAAUGAAGAUGAUCAAACAGUUGCAGAUCUUGCAGUAGUUCUGUUAGAGACUGCUACUCUUAGGUCUGGCUAUAUUCUUGCAGAUACAAAGGAAUAUGAAAAAAGGAUAGAAAGAAUGCUUCGUCUGAGUCUGAAUAUUGACCCAGAGGAAAAGGUGGAAGAGGAGCCUGAAGAACCAGAAGAAACUGUUGAAGAGGUAGAACAAGAAGAAGUUGAAGCUGAUGAAGAUGUUGAAGAUGUUGACGAUACAGAAACAGAGAAAAAGGAGUCGACAGAUGUAAAAGAUGAAUUGUAAAAUGCACUCAUAAUCUCCUGUGUCUGGGAUGAAGCAGGAAUGUGAACUAAAUUUGUGUUUUUUUCACUGUAAAAUGUUUGGGGGGAGGCUUUGGGUUAUGGGCAGAAGAGGAUUUUUUUAAGUUGCAUUUUUUAAACAUUCCUCACAAUGUAAAUUUGUACUAUUUAACUGACUAUUUGGUGUAAAAUCUUGUCAUGUGUACAAAAUUAAAGUGUUCACACCAA